CUUGCAACAAAAUUUCUUACAAUUCUUAAAAUUUUGCUUCUUCUCAGUUCUAAAAUGGCCAAAACCCUACCAUUUUCCUUGCUUUCUUAGUCCACUUUCUUUGUUCUUUUCCCUUCCUUUUUGUUUAUACAGAUUCGAAUUCGUUUUCUCAGAAAAUCAGGCACUUUUACUCAUACCCACCACCUAAAAGAUCAGAAAUUUCAUUGAUUUUUUCUUUGGCUUGAAGCAAGACUUGAUUUUGAUCAUUUGUGUUCACGAAAUGGAUGAUGUGAAGGAUAAAUUCAAAGGGUUCAUUAAGAAAGUGAACAAUCAGAUUUCUUCUUCUUCUUCUUCCUCGGGCAAAUUCAAGGGUCAAGGCAGAGUUUUGGGCUCAUCUUCGUCGGGACCCACCCCCAAUUCCAUUUCGAGUUAUUCAAAUCCGAGGCCGAAUCAACCUACGAAUUCUAAACCUGCGGUUCAGCAGUCGAGUAAUUCGGAGCAAAGAGCUGAGAAAAAGCCCGAAAUUCGGGUUGAAUCGGAGGAAAAAAUCCAGGGAAAAUCUGAAAUUCGUGCUGAUCAGGAGGCGAAGGUUGAAGCGAGGAGUGGAUUUGAUCCUUAUGGUUCGUUGAUUACGUCUGGUAAGAGAAACCCUAAUGGUUAUGAGCUGAAUGUGAUCGAAUGCCCUGUAUGUGGAAGAGGGUACGGGUCCGAGGAAGAGGUGUCUGCUCAUGUGGAGAGCUGUUUGAGCUCCGGAGUGAGCAAUGUGAAUGUUUCCAAUGAUUCCGAGAUAAGCGAAAAGGGAAUUGAGGUGAAAACUGAAUUGGAAGCUUGUGUUUCCACUUAUCUUUCUGGGAAGCCCUCAGAAGGGUCUCUCGAAAUCGUGCUUAAGCUGCUGAGGAAUAUCGUGAAGGAACCCGGGAAUGCAAAGUUUAGGAAAGUUAGGAUGGGGAAUCCGAAGAUAAAGGAGGCGAUUGCCGAUGUGGCUGGAGGUGUGGAGCUGUUGGAGUUUGUGGGGUUUGGAUUGAAAGAUGAAGGUGGGGAAAUGUGGGCUGCAAUGGAUGCUCCUUCUGAAGAAGGAAUCGGUUUGAUUAAGAAGGCGGUUUCGUUGCUCGAGCCCCAAAAAGUCGAGAACUUUCAGUCGAAAGCUCCUGCUAAGGCAGAAGAACCAGCUGAACCGAAGAAGAUAGAUAGACAGGUUAGGGUGUUCUUUGCUGUGCCCGAAAGUGUAGCGGCUAAAAUUGAGCUGCCCGAUUCUUUUUUCAACCUGUCACGUGAGGAGUUGAGAAGAGAGGCAGAAAUGAGGAGGAAAAAGCUCGAAGAAUCCCAACUUUUGAUUCCUAAAUCAUACAAGGAAAAGUUGGCAAAAGCUACAAAAAAGAAGUAUACAAAAACUGUCAUCCGUAUUCAAUUUCCAGAUGGAGUGGUACUUCAAGGAGUGUUUUUGCCAUCGGAGCCAACUAGUUCCCUUUAUGAGUUUGUGAGCUCUGCAUUGAAGGAACAAAGCUUGGAGUUUGAACUUCUGCAUCCCGUGCUGAUUAAACGCCGUGUAAUACCAUGUUUCCCUGCAGCGGGAGAGAAAGCCCGAACACUCGAGGAGGAGGAUUUGGUUCCCGCUGCCCUGAUAAAGUGCAAGCCUAUCGAGACUGAUUCUGUUGUCUUCACGGGUCUCUCCAACGAACUGCUUGUGAUCAGUGAACCCCUCGUGAGUGAAAAUGCAGUGGCGCCGUAGUGAGUCGAUCAAAACUCGAUUGAAAAACCGGGUUUUAUUGAAGAAGCUAUAGAGUUUAUUACAAAAAGUACUGAGUGGUUGAAAGGUAUAUGAUCUGAUGACAUGAGGAUGGCAAUCCCUUUAUGAACUUUUAUAGUUGACUUUUCAUACUUUUUCCUUCUUUCAUAAGUUGUUUCAACCAUAGAUCAAAUGUACAGUUUAAUUGCUUGAUGCCUCCUUUUGGAAUCAAAGUGAAACUUUUACUAAAUCA